AUUUGGACGAGGAGGAGAAGGGAGCAGCGGGGUCGACAGGAGGAUGAAGAACAUCACCGUCGGCGAUGCUUUGGUGCAGGUUAUGGAAAUGGACCGAUCUAGGUGAGGUUCUCCUAUCCUCGGUUUGGUUAAGGAUUUUUAAUCUCAAAACAAGAUUAUUUAUGGAAGAUUUGAACUACUCUACAAAUCUGGAUUUUGGGAAAUAUGGUUGUAUAUGCGUA